GGCAACAAGAAGGUAAAAACGCUUUUUGCCCGCUUCUCUCUCUUUUCACUUUCUGAAUCUUCCGCCAUUUCUCCCCAUUCAACUCUCUUUGCUUCUGGUAAUAAUCACUCCAUUUCUUCCAUCCCCAACUCCAUUUCUUCUUCAUCUUGUUGAUUUUAUCCAUGUUUUUCGUCUUUUUCUUCUGAAUCAUCUCUGUCCUAACCAAAUCCAUCUCAUUCCUUCUUACUUUCUUCCCAUAAAUUGUGCUUGUCGAUGUUCGUUUCCUGAUCCCUUUGACUUGUCUUAUGGUGAUUGAACUUUUGGGUUGUUGUUUAUCUUCUCUUAAUCCUCAAUUUGUCGUGAAAUAGAGUUUCUCUAUUAAACCAUCAUUCUGCUCAUGCUUUGCUCCCGUUUUUCUCCAUGGAAAUUGUUUCUCUCUAUCACCAUGCUUUUUCGCUUCCUCUUCAUCGCUCCGGUUAUCAAGAACUUGGGCUUUUCGGUACUUCAUCUUCUCUGCUGAUGAAUGGGUUUAGGAGUCUUCAAUAUAGUUCCUCUCUACAUCAACAAGCAUAUUUGGGAAAUACUGCUCAAUAUUAUUGCUUCUCCUCGAUCAUCAAAAAACGUGCCAGGGUCUCUUGGUGUUAUCUUACUCCAAACGAGAAUUUAUACAACCCUUGGCACAACAACCUGUUCAGUGGAAAAAGAAACGGUCGAUACAUUAUUGUUAGGGCUGAACUUGCAAAAAUGGGGACUCAUGAAGCUGGUUAUCCAUUAUCAGUAGUACCAUUGAGCUCUAAAGUCAGAGGAACGUUCUUUUAUGCUACUACUGCAAUCACUGCAAUUUUUCUCUUUAUGCUUAUGCUGGUGGCGCAUCCAUUUGUGUUAUUGAUGGAUAGAUACCGCAGAAGGAUUCAUUAUUCAAUUGCCAAAAUGUGGGCAAGUUUGACCAUUGCUCCAUUUUUUAGGAUCAAAUAUGAAGGGUUGGAGAAUUUGCCAUCUACUAAUUCUCCUGCUGUGUUUGUUUCCAACCAUCAGAGCUUUCUAGACAUAUAUACACUUCUUACCCUGGGCAGAAGCUUUAAGUUCAUUAGCAAGACUGCAAUAUUUCUCUUUCCUAUUAUUGGUUGGGCUAUGUUUAUGAUGGGUGUCAUUCCUUUGAAGCGUAUGGAUAGCAGAAGCCAGUUGGACUGUCUGAAGCGAUGCAUGGAGCUUAUAAGAAAGGGUGCAUCUGUAUUUUUCUUUCCAGAGGGAACACGUAGUAAAGAUGGAAAAUUAGGCACUUUCAAGAAAGGAGCAUUCAGUGUUGCGGCGAAGACGAAAGUGCCAGUUGUACCCAUUACACUGGUGGGAACAGGUAGCAUUAUGCCAGCCGGAUUUGAAGGCAUCUUGAAUCAGGGAUUUGUGAAAGUUGUUAUUCAUAAGCCCGUGAUAGGAAGUGAUCCAGAAGCAUUGUGCAAUGAAGCUAGGAAUGCAAUUGCAGAUGCAUUGAGUAAACAUGUUGACUGCUGAGCUUUUCCAAUGAGUAAUUUUCGGUUUCGUUAUCGUUUCAGUUACUGAUUUGGUAUAUUUGUUGUGUUGACAAGGUAAUGAUCUCUAUGUGAUUUCGAUUUCAAUUUUAGUUUAUUACUUCACUUCA